AUGGACCGUGACGCCGGGGCGGCGGCAUUGCGGCCGAAUCAACUGCAUGUAAACCAUGAGACUAGGAAACCGCUGUUCUCCAACAAUGUCCCGCGAAACACGGGCAAUCGUGUUGAAUCCUCUUCUGCUUCCGUCGGUACUGGUGCCAGGCCCGGCGUUCUCGGGACAGCAGGACACGCUGGGCCAACGCGACGAGCGAGAUCUGAUCCACAGAGCACCACGUCCGGAGCUGGAAAAGCUCAACAAUCCUUCGAUCCGAACGCCAGCACCGCCAGCAUACUCUCCUCGGGCGGCAGCCGAAUACCUCGACCCAACAUCUCAGGCCUCCAGCACCGGCGACCGAUUUCCUUGGCAGAGGCUUUCAAGCUAGCCCGGGAGGAGGAGGAGGAAGCCGACCGAGAGCGACAACAAGGAGGUUCACCGAGUCCGGCGCCGCGGGUUUGGCGUGCGCGGCCUGGGCCGUCCCAGGACGAGACUCGGGCACGAAAAUCCGUGGCCGAAGAUCCUCUCGAUAGGAAAGCAGGGGCACAGCAAUUUACUGGCGCAAAACUAUCGGGUUCGCAGUCGCCCAUCUCGAAACCGAGAGCUACAGAGCCUGGUGCCGCCACAUCUCAGAGAGGCAACGGCCCCAGCUUACAGGACCGCAUAAAUGAAUGGAGAACGAAGUCGCGACCCGGCACCGACUGGACUGAGAAGUCUCCAGAAUCCCUGAGAAAUACCACUGAUGAGGCGCGCCUUCCUGAACUGGUACCUGGAAUCGAAGACGUGCCCUUUCGAUCCGUUGAAUCACCAGGUCGCAAUGGUGCAGUCACAAUCGCGUCUCCGUCAAAAGAUUUUACAUGGCAGGUGGACCACGAUUUUACGGCUGGAGAUUUACAGGUGUCUGAUAGCCCACGAAUAAAGAUAGGGAAUAACAGCAACAGGCCGUUUGCAAAUCGUCCGUCGCUAUUGGAAAGAAUCGAUAUCAGGCCGCCUACACAGCUUACAAGUCCCCAGACAAGAAAUACCAAGCUUGAUGAGAUUCGAGCACGAGAACUCAAUAUCGAAGGGCCCAUCUCGGCAGGACAAUCAACGUUGACACCACAUCAUCCUCGAAAGUAUACCAAGUUGGACGAGAUCCGGGCGAGAGAAGCUGCGGCCGAAAAGCAAAUACCUAUUCCUGAUCGAAAUCAACUACGGCCCAAGAACACCAGGCUAGAUGAGAUACGACAGCGAGAAGCAGACGGCUUGUCAAGACGUGCACUUGCCGCGGCCCGUCUAGAGGAAAUCAAGGAAAAGAACGCUAUGGCGAGGCCGUUUUCGCCGGAAAAGGGCAAAUCACGAGUUGGCCACGAUAAUUUCGUCGCGAUGCGACCGCCCACUCGCCCCAGAUCAAUGCACGAGGAUGGAGGAGAACGUAUUCCAGACACCCCAGUCACAGUGUUCAAGGGUCGUCGCCCUAAGCAGGAGAACAUCAACCCUGAUGAGACGGGGACUGUUCAUGGCAAUGGCAACAGCGUAGCAUCAGUGAAGCCGGAGGUUGAUGAACGAGACUUGCUUCGAAGGCUGGCACGGGCCGCCAGCUCGAGCCCAGCAGCAGAGCCAGUGAAUAGACGUGCUCCUCUCGCAGAGCGACAGAAGGCAAACGAAAGUGAGAAUGUCGGGACAAGGCCAAUAUUGGCGGGACGUUUCACGAACAGUGGACGGAAACCAGCCCUCAUCUCUCACACCAAAGAUGCUGAAUCCCCAUCCCAACGACCAACAGUCGGAUUUGCUGGCCUAAAACGCAGCUCAUCAACCGAAUCAGCUAAGAGCAAACGAUCAAGUAUGCAUUCAGAGUCGGAUCCCACUGCUCGGAUAGAGGCCGAGGCGAAGCUGUUUGCGCCGCGUGACGAUUAUUCUGAGCCAGGAUCUGUACGAGCAGCAUCGCCCGAGUCGGACAAUGACGAGGCGGAAGACGACGCGGAAGACGACGCGGCGGAGGCUACCCCUAAACCACAAAAGCAUGAGUUUCCGCAUAUGGAGACCCCGCGGGUCACCGGUGCCUAUGUCGAAACGCCCGCAACGGCCAGAGUAGAGAAAGUCAAGGAGGAGGGAAGGGAGGACAUCAAGUCAUUGGGGGAGAAGCUGACGGGUUCAAGAGGCGUAGCGUCAAAACCAGAUGCCGCCACGUUAUUUCGUGAUAAGAGAACGAGUCUGGCGUGGCGGAGCAAAGACGAAGACACGGCCUCUGAGCCUGGUGCCAGAGGGGGGAGUGCAGAUAUAUCGGCAAAAGCACAUGCGGCAAGCAAGAAGGCUCGGUCACGAUCACUGCCUCGCAGCCGACCAAUAGUAAAGAAUUCGGCCAAACCGCCGUCGGUCCAGGAGGAUUUGCGCGAACUGCAGCGCAAGCACAACAUUGAAGACUCGACCAUAGAUGACCUGGAAGACAUACUGAGCGGUCGAAAGCAGGCAUCGCCAAAGCUAAAGCAGCUGCUGGAGGAAUUACCCGUCAAACCGGAGGACAAGAUGGAUGACGAGUUACGAGCUGUUGAGGAGGAGAUGCAGAAGAUGAAGAAGGGCGAUUCAGAGGACAAGGACAUGUCGGCGGGCGAGAUGGCUCUGUUUGACAAAAUGAGCAAGACGCUCCGCACGGGAUUGUCCAACAUACAUACUGCCAAGCGUGGCAUCGAGAGACUGGAAGGCCAGGUUGCCAACGCCGACAAGCAGUCAGAGGCAGACGAGGAUGAUGAGCCUAAACCGCCCCGGCUCCAGAAACACCAGCAUGCAAAGGACCACAGGCCUUUGACCGAUGAGCCGUGUCCAAAAUGCACGGCAAAGCCCGAUCCCACGAGCCUUGCCUAUUUUCCUUCCCCGGCGCCCAAACUGUUGUAUAUCAGUCCUCGCCUUCUUCGUUGGUGUUACAUCGGUGCUGCCAUUGUUUUACUCUGGUGCAUGGCCGAGUGGGCUGUUUGUGGCAAAUACUGUCGACCAACAGCGUGUACAACUACACCGUGCGUGUAUUCCUACGACGACCCAACGUUUGGCAAUGCACUUCCCGUGAAGCUAGACCAGUGGACGACGGGAGGAAACGGCCGCAAACUGGCGACGUGGGUGCUGGAAGAGCUUGAGGACUGGGCGGCAGACGUGAACGACGCUGUACGUGGACGGUCGUUGGAAGACAUAGCAGUCGAUCAGCUGAGCGCAGCCGAGAGACGGCGACACCGACGUAGACUCCGAAAAAAGGGCCUCGUCAAGCCGCCGACAAAGGCGGCGCCGGACCAGACGGCGAAAUGGGAAGCAUGGAGACGGUCAAGGCUGGAAAAGGAGAGACUUGACGACAUGGGAUAUGAGACGGGCGAUGGCUGGGCCGGAGACGGCAUGGGCGGAGACGAACGGGUGUGGUGA